AUGAAAUACGAAUAUUCAGAUAAAAUAGAAGAAUAAACAUGUAAAUUAGAAGAAUUAAUAACUUAAAUUCAAUAAGAUUUAAUAGAAAUAGAAUAAUAUAAGAGUAUUUGUUAUAGAAAAUGCUAAUAUUGUUUAUAAAUUCAUGAUAUUUAAAAUAAAUCAUUUAAGAAUUGUAUCUAAAACUUAUUUUAAAGAUCAAAAUUAUUAAUAAAUAAAAAUGAAUCUAAUCAAAAUAAAAAUAUUAUAGUAAAUAAAUUUAGAAGUAGAAAAUAAUUAUUAUUAAAAUCAUAUAAGAAUAAAACUAAAUAAACAUGGUUGAUUUAAUAAAUAUAAAAAUGGAAUCAAUUUUUAUAAAUUUAUUAAAAAAAUAAAUGUUAUCCUGGAAAGAUGACAAUACAUUAAAGAUGGACUUUUUAUGUUAUUAAAGUGUAUCAUUGUUAGUAUUGUUUUAAAGAAUUUAAAUCAUUCUAUCAAACUUAAUAUCAUAUGAAUAAAUUUUGUAGAAAGAGAUCAUUUCCAUUUGUAGAAGAAGAACCAAUAAUAAAGAAUAAAAUUAUUAAAACUAUUUUUAAAUAAUUUUGA